GAUCAGAACAAAUGCUCAAUUAUUAGAAAGUUUGCAGCAGCUGAAAGAAAUCCCAAGUGACAGCACCGAGAAAGGCACUGAAUCUGUUGAGCCUUUUUCAAUAGCAAAAAGAGUUUCCGGAUAAUCCAAGACAAGAACAGUACACUCAAAGACGCCACCCAUUCCUUCACAGCCUGUGAGAGUCUGUUAAGCGUGGCCUUGCGAAAUCUUCCGAGGAAGACGACAAUUCAAGAUGGUUCCAAGCAUCCCCAUGUGGGACUCUCCCUUUUUCUUCCCAUGAUCUUCUGUUCCACUGGUUCUUUGCUCUUGUUCUCGUUUUUCUUUUUCUCUGCUUUUGGUUGCUGCUGAAAGAGUCGCUUUAGCUGAAAGAGAGAGCUCCGACAAGUUCUUUCCCAGGUUUCAACCAUGUGGGAUUCUGAAAAUGAGUCCAUCGCUGGGAGAGAUUAUGGAAAUGGUGUGCUCAGCUCCACCAAACAAGGGGUUAAAACAGAAGGGUUUGAGCUCAGAGAUCAGUCAUGGCAUGUUGCAACUGACAUUCCAAGUGACCUUCUUGUUCAUGUUGGAGAAGUUAAUUUCCACUUACACAAGUAUCCCCUGCUCUCUAGGAGUGGGAAGUUCAACAGGAUCAUAUAUGAAUCGCGUGACCCCGAUUUAAGCAAGGUAGUUUUGGAUGAUCUUCCCGGUGGGCCUGAAGCUUUCGAGCUGGCCGCAAAGUUCUGCUAUGGCGUCGCCGUCGAUCUGACAGCAGCCAAUAUUUCCGGCCUGCGGUGUGCGGCUGAGUACUUGGAGAUGACCGAGGACUUGGAGGAAGGCAAUCUUAUAUUCAAAACCGAAGCCUUUCUGAGCUACGUAGUCUUAUCUUCGUGGCGAGAUUCAAUAUUAGUGCUUAAAAGCUGUGAGAAGCUCUCGCCAUGGGCGGAGAAUCUGCAAAUUGUACGAAGAUGCAGCGAGUCAAUAGCUUGGAAGGCUUGUGCGAACCCGAAAGGGAUAAGAUGGGCUUACACAGGGAAACCGCCGAAAGUCUCGAGCCCAAAAUGGAACGAUAUGAAGGAGUCGAGCCCGAGCAGGGCUCACCAGGCUCCUCCCGAUUGGUGGUUCGAAGAUGUCUCAAUUCUGAGGAUUGAUCACUUUGUGAGGGUUGUCACUGCUAUCAAAGUGAAAGGCAUGAGGUUCGAAUUGAUCGGCGCGGCAAUUAUGCAGUAUGCUGCGAAGUGGCUUCCAGGUUUGAUAAGAGAUGGAGCAGGAGAUGAAGGAAGCAACAGUGGGAACAGCAAUAGCAGCAGUGGAAGCAGUAAUUGGAAAGGCGGGCUCCACAUGGUCGUGGCCGGUACUAAGGAUGAACCUUCCACGGUUCAGGCCAAAGACCGGAGGAUGAUAACAGAGAGCCUUAUCAGUAUAAUUCCUCCGCAGAAGGACAGCGUCACGUGUAGCUUCCUUCUUCGGCUUUUACGAAUGGCAAACAUGUUGAAAGUGGCUCCUGCAUUAGUCACCGAGUUAGAGAAACGGGUUGGCAUGCAAUUCGAACAGGCGACCUUGGCCGAUCUCCUUAUCCCUUCGUACAAUAAGAGUGAGACUUCGUACGACGUUGAUCUAGUUCAGAGGCUUCUGGAGCAUUUUCUUGUUCAGGAACAGACGGAGGGCUCAAGCCCGAGCAGGCAGUCGUUAUCGGAGAAGCAUGGCUAUGAUGGUGCUCAACGAGUUAACGGGCAAAAUGCGAAGAUGAGAGUGGCUAGACUAGUAGACAGUUAUCUCACCGAGGUGUCCAGAGACAGAAACCUCUCAUUGACAAAGUUUCAAGUGCUGGCCGAGGCAUUGCCUGAAUCUGCAAGGACUUGUGAUGAUGGACUUUACCGAGCAGUCGACUCGUAUCUCAAGGCACAUCCAACGCUCACCGAGCAUGAGAGGAAGCGGCUGUGCCGGGUGAUGGAUUGUCAGAAGCUCUCGAUCGACGCGUGCAUGCAUGCCGCACAGAACGAGCGGCUCCCCUUGAGGGUGGUUGUCCAAGUCCUCUUCUCGGAGCAAGUGAAGAUAAGCAACGCGCUAGCCAGCAGCUCGCUCAAGGAAACCGGAGGCGAUGUGCACUACCAGCCGAUGAUACCAAACCGGAAGACCCUCCUGGAAGGGACCCCGCAGUCAUUCCAGGAAGGUUGGGCGGCCGCGAAGAAGGACAUAAACACCCUCAAGUUCGAGCUCGAGAGCAUGAAGGCCAAGUACCUCGAGCUGCAAAAUGACAUGGAGAAUCUGCAGAGGCAGUUUGACAAGAUGGCGAAGCCGAAGCAAGGGUCGGCUUGGAGCAGCGGAUGGAAGAAGCUGAGCAAGCUCACCAAGAUGAACAACUUGGAGAGCCAGGACAGUGGGCCUCAGGCCAAGUGCAGAUCAAACCAGGAAGACUCCUAGGAGGUGGAGAAACUCAAUUUCCUGAGGAGAUUUGGGGAAAUAAAAGUGAAGUGAUGAAAGGAAAAAAAGAAUUAAUUUUCAUGGAAGGAAAAUACCUUUUUUGUUCUUCUCAAUUUGGUUUCUGGGUUACAAAGUUGAUUCAUUUUGGUAGGUGUUACAAGAACUUGGGAAACCAUAACUGGGUCACAAAGAAAAAAACAAAACAAAAGAAUUUGUCUGCUGAGAGUGAGCUUUCCGCUUUUUCGGUUAUUCUUUUAUGUUAAAUCUCAUGUUUCUAUGUUAUUUCUAUCCGCCCAUCAGUUUAAGAUUGGACAUUCCAUUAUGAUAUCAAAGUCAGGUUUUGCGCAA